AGCGACGCGGCCGCGGAUGGGUCGGUCGUUGGUCUUUCUCCCAGGAACACGCGACGAACGUGCUCGCGACGUACGAUCGUGACCGAGCAACACUUAAUCAAGUGACGUUACCGCAGCGGAACAGAAAGAAAUAAACGAGAGAUACCCGUUGGAAGGAAGAUUCCCCCUUUAAUAUCUAUACGUGGCCUUCUUUCCCCUGCGAGUCCCGUUUGGAUUCGGGAAACUGGGUUGAUCGACCGUCUUGCUCGGACGAUCCCUUUCCCUUUCGACUGCGGAAGGGACUCGUCUCGUUUCACGAGGAGAUCUUGCGGGAUGGUCGAGCCAGCGGUGGCGAAAGAACGACACGGGGAAUGAAGCAGUGACACCGGCCAUAUCGUCCUCCAACGAAAGCCGGCACCUGGAAUCCCGUGGAGUGUUCUCUGAACUCGAGCGGCGCGAGCGGAUCGAGCCCGGAAGGUCGGGUUGCCUCGGUUAGGAUGACUGCGCGGGUCUCAAAGGCGCAGCCGAUCGAGAGGAAUCGUGAUUUAUUGGCCAGCCCGGUCGCAGCCGGACGAUAAUUCGAUACGUUGGACUGACGCUAAUCAUGGCCCGGAGCGGGCGUCCGCGAGCCGCGCGUCUAACGAGCGCGAAGAAUGCGCGUCGCGAGAGAAAGGAGACCGCGUAGACGUCGAAAACGUGCCUGACAGUGAUCCAGAGGCAACGAAGUGCGACGCUCGAGCGAUGAUCGAGCCUCGAUCCUGACUGACCCGACGAAGUGCCUGGGAUCGGCGUUCGCCGACACUCGCUGGAACAACGAGGGACCAUCCGAAACUAGUACAUCGAAAUGAAGCUGGGCGAUAACAUGACUAUGGAAGCGUACAACAUAUGGGGAGACGUUCCUCCACGAAAAUGUCGGCCACCGAAGAUCGGCGAUAUACCAAAGCACAACGCGGUGGACGAAGAAUCGCCGGGCUCGGUCACGAAGUCGCUAGCGGUUCCCCAAGACACGAGGGACCCGUCGCUGGACAUAUCGCUGGACGCGUCGAGGAACAUCGUUUUUCCAUUAGACUCGGGCUCCGCCGCGGAGCACUUCUCUUCCAUCCGUAAAUUCGAAUGUCGAAGAUCGCCGGUCGCGGAGACUGGUUUCCAAUACUCGCCGGAGAAAACGGGAGGACCGUUGAGCUUCCGGAUCGGAGUCCACGAUCCCCUGUCCUCGCGGCAAGAGUCUCUGCUAAUCAAGCAGGAAACGGUGCUGAAACAAUCGCCGGACACCCCGAAGUUGAGAAACAAAUUCUCGCAGAGGUCCAGCGACUUGGACAGUAAGGUGACCAUCAAGCUACCCCGCGAAGAGUCCUUUAAACUCAGGACGAAGUACGGCGAAGAGUCGCCCAGGUCUCCGUCCAGUCCCGAGGACCUCUCCGACCGAGAGAUCCUCGAAGUCAGGAAGGACAGCGCGCUGUUCCUCGAGGAGACAGAGGGACUGCCUACUCUUCGGGAGAUCCUGAAGGCCAGGGGACCCAAGAUCAUCAGACCCAGGCGGGAAAGUAGCGGUUACGCCAGCAACCUGGGCACUUUCGACGAGGACAGGCGGAGCUCGUCCACGGCGGACGUCCCGCAGGACUUGUCUUCGUUCCUGAAGGAAAGACGCAGGUCGUCUACCGGGCCGAAGCGCCCGAACUCCAGAGUGAUCGUCAGCAGGGCUGAGGAUAGCCUGACGGAGGAAGCGGACACUGUCAGGAUGCCGACCACGGAUGUGCACCGGAAGCUGUCCAACGCAGGACUAGACAUGCCUGACAUCGAGGAAGCGAAGGAGCUGAUGAGGGACGAAGUUUCCGCCACGCUCGAGACUUUGGAUAGCUUGUGCGACCUCGUGAACCCCGUCAGCGCGGCGAGUUCCGGUGGGCCGCAGCGUCUCGCCGAAAUCGGACACCGAAGCCCUCGAGGGGACGAAGAAGGCUUGUGUCGCUCCGAAAUACCAAGAUCCGUUCGGACCGUCACCGUCACCUCGACGAUCGACCACUCCUCGACAUGUUUGACGCCCUCGAACCGAUCGUUCUGCCAGCUCAUCCCGUUGAACCCUGACUCCACCGGCCGGAGCACUGGAGCAGAAGCUGAGGAGACUUGGGACCGAUCGAAGUUGAGGAUCAACAUCGAACCGAUUAACCCAUCGGCGGAGGACGUCGUCAAGACCGAGGAGGACUUGAUCGACAGGCUGGCGCUACCGUACAACGCGGACAAUGGAACUGGCCAAUUCCAGAACGACCAGUCGAAGGUCCUCCCCAGGACUGUCAAAGUCUACCAGCUGCUGUCCACCCAGUCCGAAGACAGGACCGACCGGGAGAUGUACCUGGCAGACAGAAGGACGUCGCUGCAGAUAUCCAAGCGCGACGAUGUGUCCCAGUCUAUAAUGAUGACUGCUGAAUCGAAAGAUGACGUGACCGGGGGCAGUACUCUUUCUCUGAGCACUAGUGUCUCCAAUGACAUGAACACCAGAUUGUUUGCUGAGAUCACCGACGACACUCUCGUGAAGAAAGGCUAUUUAUCCACUGAUACGGGAGCGAGUCAGAAAUUCCUUGGCGAUAGCUCCAAUGUCAGCAUCAGGCCUAUCUAUCCUUAUUGUCCUUAUUCGCCGUAUGGGAGUCCCCAAGGCUCGCCUAGGAACAGGAGGAGACCGCUCAGGGAGAGCAGGAGGGUGUCCAUCGACAAUAGGGAGGGUGCUCUGCAGUUGAACCAGUACAAGUUACUGGACAAUAUUGGCCAGGGCUCGUACGGGAUCGUGAAGCUCGCUUACAACGAGGAGGACGAGACCCACUACGCGAUGAAGAUCCUGAGCAAGAAGAAGCUGAUGAAGAAGGCGGGCAUCUUCGGCAGAAUGGCGCCGGGCAGGAAGGGCGCGGCUGACCCCCUGGCGAAGGUCUACAGGGAAAUCGCGUUGCUGAAAAAAUUGGAUCACCCGAACGUCGUGAAACUGGUCGAGGUGCUCGACGACCCGGACGAAGACAAUCUCUACCUCGUUUUCGAGCUGGUCCAAAAGGGAGAGAUACUACAGAUUCCCGCGGAGAAACCGCUCGACGAGGAAACCGCUAGGAAGAACUUCCGCGAUGUCGUGAUGGGCGUGGAGUAUCUUCAUUACCAGCGGAUAGUGCACCGCGACAUAAAACCCAGCAAUCUGCUGGUGGACAGCGACGGCCGCAUUAAGAUCGCUGAUCUGGGUGUCAGCGCGGAAUUGAGGGCAUCCGGAGAAUUAUUAACUGGACCAGCUGGCACACCGGCGUUCGCCGCACCCGAAACAACCACACCUGGCGCCCAUUACUCCGGAACUCUGUGCGAUGUGUGGUCGAUGGGAGUGACGCUCUACUCGUUGGUAACCGGCAAGGUGCCUUGGUACGGUUCCGGUAGCAUAAUCGGCGUCCAAGCGGCGGUUCGCACCGAGCCGUUAAAGUUCCCGGAGGAGCCGUUGCUCUCGCAGGAUCUCUGCGAUCUGAUCUCCAGGAUGCUGGCCAAGAACGCGGCCGACAGGAUCUCGUUGCCAGGGAUCAAGGAGCACGCCUGGCUGACCAAUCACGGUGCGGAACCACUGCCAAGCGAGGCCGACAAUUGCCGACUUCCGGUCACCGUCACGGACGAGGAGGUGGAACGUGUGGUCACCAGGAUACCGAAGCUGGAUACGCUGAUCCUCAUCAAGACCAUGCUGAAGCAGCACAGUUUCCAAAAUCCGUUCUUGCCGAAGAAGAGUGGGAAGGCAGCGGGCGCCGACGCUGUCGGUGUCGAUAGUUUGGAGUUGCCCUCGACGCCGAGGUCCGUGGAGACUCAGGUGCCUGGGAAAUCGGUCAGGAACGUGAAGUCGGAACGAUUCCAGCGAACCGGAAGAAGCAACUCUGCUCCGGACUCGUAUGACUGGCAGACAAACGGCAGACAAAUGUCCAUAGAUAGCGCCCUGCCGCCGGUCACGGAAGCGUCCAGUCAAGAAACCGAGACAGAGAGGCGGUGAUAUUAUCCACAAUCCCGAUACAGCAUCCGAGGAAAUCGCCGUUGAUUCCACGAACAGUCAGGAUGCGUACACGCGAAUAAUCAAAGACAGAAUCUCGUCCAAAUCGGUCACGACAGAUCCCCGACGGCAAAAUGCACAGCGCUCGUUGCGAAUUCGCCUUAAACACUUGAAGAACGUACUUACGCGGUUCCUGAAACCGGAAUGCGACUACUUUACGGAUAAUUCGGACGAGCAACGGGGAAGGGAACAAGCUUGAUGUUGAGCGUUCCGCUCCCACCUAAAUAUAGACGAGGGAAACAUUUAAUGUAGACUGCGGCCCGAAGUGAAAACAAAGUCAGACCGAAGUAUUCGUAAGUCGUAAGUCCUGGGAGCGAAGAAGAUAUUUUCGUUUCGGUUAAUUCUUCCGAGCCAUCGAGCAUGCGGCGUUCACGGUUCAACAGGGCGUAAAGUGCGAAACACGGCAGGAAUGGCUCUAGUCUCGCACGAUCGUCUUUCGGCACACGAUAAUCAAAACCUGAACUUACGAUUCGAUACACUUUUUCCUUCCGAACAACCAUCGAACGAAACCAAGGUGUACCAUCGAUUUCACGGUCCUCAGGCUCGACGAAUCGUUCGUCCUCUUUAAGCGGAAAAUAUUCGAAGAAGGAACAGCCUGAGCGCGCGACGGAACGGAAACGAUAACGGCUCGGAGGAAUUAACCGCAAACCGCAAGGCCAUUUGGCGUUUUACUUACUAACUUUAGCUAGGCGAUCGUAAGUAGAUGGACAAACUUAGCCGUAUUUUGUAUGCACGUUUAGCUGUAUUUUGUAAGAGGCUUGGAAGAGCAGCCAACGAGACAACGACAUCGUUUGUAUUAUAGAUUCGUGUUAGCGCUACACAGGAACAUAAAUGAUUUCGAUGUUUUGUUGACGCGUUCUGUGAUCGUGAUCGAGCACCUCCCCGUAACCUUUACAUUCGGCGAGAAUCUUUUGUACGUUCGAUUGACUGUUUAAGCUUGUUUUCAACCGAAUAUUUUACAUUCUCGAACGUCCGUGCCGGAUCCAGGGAGAACGUUCCGCGAAUACCGAAGACGUCCCCUAUCUUCCUGACCAUCUCCGACGAGAAAGAAACAAAGUUUCGCCGCGAACCUCGACUCGAUCGUCUUCCCUAGACUCGGUACAACGGGAUCACGUGAUCGCGGGGAUCACGCGACAACUGUAAAUAAUUAAUUCCUAUUUUAUAGUCCGAUUUAUAGUCCUAAGUCCUAUUUUGUAAGCACGCGACCAAGUCACCGCAACCAAAGUCAGAUUCUUGAUUUCGUUGGACCUUAACCCUUUGCACUCGAGAGGUGACUCUCAGUCACUCGAUUCGAUACAACAAAACUAUAAAGUUGAACAUUUAAUAUUUCAAAUUGAACUUCGCAUUGUUACGUGAAGUAUUGAAAUAAACCACCUUC